GGCCUAACAGAGCAUCCAGCACAGACACAGCAGAGGUUCCGUAAAAUACAGAUAUCAAUCAUGCCAGAACCAGAGAGGAAAUCAAAGAUUACGGCUUCACGCAAACUCUUGCUAAAGAGUUUGAUGCUGGCAAAGGCAAAAGAAGCAUGGGACCAAGAGCAUUUAAACAAGCAAGAGGAAAAGCAGAGUUAUCUUAAUGAAAGGGUCCCCCAUGCUAACACACACGGAUUAGCACUGGCUGCCUUACAGGAGCUGUGUCGGGAACUCCAUGAGAAGGUCGGCAUUGUUGAUGAGGAAAGAUAUGACAUUGAAGCAAAAGUUACUCAUAAUAAAAGAGAAAUUCAAGACCUACGAAUGAAGGUUCUGGAUCUGCGUGGCAAGUUUAAGAGACCACCACUUCGUAGAGUCCGGGUGUCAGCUGAUGCCAUGCUCCGUGCUCUCCUGGGCUCAAAACAUAAAGUCUCCAUGGAUUUGCGUGCCAACCUGAAAUCUGUGAAGAAAGAGGAUACUGAAAAGGAGCGUCCUGUAGAAGUCAGUGACUGGCGUAAGAAUGUAGAGGCCAUGUCAGGCAUGGAGGGCAGAAAGAAAAUGUUUGAUGCAGCAAAAUCCCCAACAGCACAAUAAGAGGAUCAGCUGAAAAUCUACUUGAACUCUCGUCACUUUGCUGCUGUACUUGCAAUGAUAUUUUCCAGAUUUUGUCCUGCAGCUGAAGUUGCUGUGCCAGUUUCACAUCGCUUUGAUCUAGAAAACACCUCAAUAAAUUUAUAUUGGUGUC